AUGUCCGCGCAAGACUACUACAACCAAGGCCAGCAAGGCGGAAGCGGUGGCUACGGCCAGCAGCCUCCCCAGAACAACCCCUACGGCUAUAGCCAAGGCCAACCUGCUCCCCAAUACGGGGGCCAACAACAGGGCGGUUACCCUCCCUACGGUGGCCAGCAAGACGCCCCUUACCCUCCUCACAACUCCUACUCCCCUCCUCCUCAGCAAGGAGGUUACCACCAGGCCCCUUCCCACCACUACGGACAAUCACAAGACUACGACAACAAGUCCUACGGAAGUGCUCCCCCCUAUGGACAGCCACAGUACGGCGGAGGACAAGAUCACGACGGUCAGAGACAGUACCACGAUCAGAGCCAGCAAAGCUACGGCCAGGGUCAGGGCUACGGUCAGCAUCAGCAGUACCCAGGUCAAGGCGGUCCUGGAGGUCCGGUAGGACCUGACGGUGAGCGUGGUCUCGGCGCUACCCUGGCCGGUGGUGGCAUGGGCGCCAUGUUGGCACAUGCUGGUGGCACAGGCACCCUAGGUAGUGUUGUGAGCGCGGUUGGUGGCGCGAUUGCGGCGAACUUGUUGGAGGACAAGCUCAAGAAGAAGAAGAAGGACAAGAAGGAUAAGAAGGAUAAGCAUCACAAGAAGGACAAGCACCGCAAGCGCAGCGGGGGUGAUAGCAGCUCCGACUCGAGCGAUUCGGAUUAA